AUGCGAGUCUGGAGGCCUCAGUGGAGAAGUCUGAGGUGGCCUCACUUGCUGACUGAGCAUGCACACCUGGAGGACAGCUUUCUCUUCUGUGAAGACCUUGGUCAUCGGGGCUCUGGGGAAGGAACUGAACCCAGGAAGAAGGCCAUGACCUGGGGUACAGGGGAGCCACCCCAGGCCCAAACCUUGGAGAACUUCAGUGUCCGCACACUCUAUGACAAGCUUGAGGACCAGAGUCUGCAUGUGGCUGCUCAGCUGAGCAGACACCAGAGGGAUGCAUCGGCUUUCUACAAGGCGGCUGGUCAGCAGCUCCAGGGGCUCCAGGACCUUCUGCAGGUCCUUAGCAUGACAGAAAUGAGUGCUCUGGGCAGGGAUGGACGUGAGACAGAAGCCAGAGACACCACAGGGACUGAGACAGGGAGGAGUGAGAUGUCACGGGGCAGCGACAUUGCUGCUUCUCCUGAAGAGCACUGGCCACGUGCUGUAGGCUGCACCCCCAGUGUCUCUUCCCUGGGCUUUCAGCCAGAGCUUGACAGAGCCAUUGCUGCCCUGGCGUCUGUUCUUUCUCAGGCAUAUGGGCCACUGGCUGGGAUCAGCAGGAAGGCUUCUGGUCAGUACAAUGAGCGGCCUUCAUCUAAUAGUCAGCAUGGCCCACAUCUGAUCAGCCAGCCUCCACCCUCUGCCUGGGAGCCUCAGAGCACAAGACCCAAGCAAGACCCAAAACCUCUGUGGCUUCCCCACGGUGAUGCUAAAGAAAGAAGCACCCAAAGCCCAGGUCCUGGGACAUGGCUUCUCAAGGCUGGCCUUGGGCGUGGAGCUGAGGCUGAGCUACAGAGAAAGACAAAACAGGUGGAAGAUGAUUUGGACAAGCUGAAUGAGGAGUUCUUCCAGCUAACUACUCAAGCCUUGGAGCUCCAGAAGGUGGACAAGCCAGACCAAUUACCCCCAGGGGAAGCCAAUACCUUUGUGGUGGCUUCCAGCAUCCUCCCUGGUGUGUGGUGGGACGACAGAGCUGACCCCAUGGAGGCAGGUCAGCCCAGCAGAAAGAAGACUGGGCACUGGGCCCUGGAGAGAAAGCAGGCUCUGGCCCUGGAGGUUCAGAGAGUUCACGUGGCCCAAAAGAUUGAAGACCUGGAAUGGGAGCUGUCCCUGCUCCUCCAGGUGGCAGAAGGUGGCUUGAGAGCAGAAAGAAGCCAGCCCAGCUGUGGGGCUGUCCUGGAAGGCUCUGAGUCACACUGAGAUGGCCACCUGCAGAAAGCACCUUCUCCGCUAAGGAUGUGUC